AUGGCAUCUGCUGCUGCAGAGAGCUCGAAGCGAGCAGCUGCCGAGGACUUGGCGACUGCGCCCACUGCCGACACUUCUCCCGUCGUUCCGGACGCGAGCAGCAGCAGCAGCAGCAGCAGCAGCAGCAGCAGCGGCAGCAGCAGCCGCAGCAGCAGCAGCCACAACUACGGCGUGGCCCUGGGGGCCGUCGGCGCUGCUGUCUCCGUCACUUUGCUGCAGUACCUCCCGCGGCUGCUCUCCGCCGAAGGCCGACAGGCUCUGCGAGCAGCACUUGCAGGGGCUGGCAGCAGCGACUGGUUUUUGCUGCUGUGCUGCAGCAUCUUCUUCUGCGGCUGCAUUGGCAGCAUUUUGUACAACGCGCACUUGGCCCACAACUGCAGGCUCGAGCGCUUCGUUGCUGCGCUGGUCCGGCAGCAGCGCAGGCAGCAGCAGCAGCUGCUGCAGCAGCAGCAGCAGCCCGAGCAGCAGCAGCAGCUGCAGGACCCAAGCGCGCAGCAACGCGAGCAGCUCGAGCAGCAGCAGCAGCAGCAGCAGCAGCACGCGGAGGACAGCGAGUGCUGCUGCUGCGACGAGGAAGAAGACAAAAUUGGCGUCUUGUUUGUCACAGCUCAUCCUGAUGAUGAGUCCAUGUUCUUCGCUCCUUCCAUUUCUCUCUUUGCUGCUAACAAAGAAAAGUUUGACGUUUUCGUGUUGUGUCUGUCCACAGGCGACUAUGAGGGGCUCGGCUCAGUGAGGUCUGCGGAACUGACAGCAGCAGCUGCUGCCUUUUGUGUCCCGAAGGAGAACUUUGUUUGUUUGGAUGAAAAGGAAAUGAAAGAUGGCUGGACGAAAUGGGACAGCAAGGCGGUUUGUGCUGCUGUGAAGUCAUUUGUGGAGAAGAGAAAACAAAUUCAAGUUAUUUUUUCCUUCGAUGAACUCGGGGUGUCUAGACACCCCAAUCACUGCAGCGUCUACGAAGGACUUCGGCUCUACAACGCAGAGGUCCUUGACACAUGCAGGGAGCAGCAGAAGCAGCACCAACAGCAGCGGAAGCAGGAGCAGAAGCAGCAGCAGCAGCAGCUGCAGCUGAGGAAGGAAGAAGCGCAAGCAGAUUCGGAAGCUGGAACGCAGAAAAAAAGCCAGCAGCAGGAGGCCGAGGAUGAGCAGCAGCAGCGGGAGCAGCAGCAAAUGCAAGACAUGCAGCUGCUGCCUUCAGUCUUCAUCUUUUCCCUGCAAAGCUAUGGUCUGCUUCGCAAGUACUCGGGUGUUCUCAAUCUCAUACCAGCAACUAUUGAUGCUAACAACAAGGGCGUCUCAGUAGAUAAUGCAAAGGCGGGCAGCUGGAGCAGCCAUAUCAAGAACAGGCCACUGCAUCCUUUUCUCCUGCUGCUGCUGCUGCUGCUGCUGCUUCCUCAGCUGCCGUGGCUACUUUUCUUUCUCUAUUCCAUUUUCCGGUCACUCAGAGCCUUCCCAGCACCAAAGGCUGCUUGUAUGGCGACACGGCGCAGUUGCUGCUGCUACAGAACCGGCAGCAGCAGCAGCAGCAGCAACUGGUGCAGUUGGAGCCGGCCCAGUUGCAGCAGCAGCCGCUGCAGCUCGUAUGUUGAGCGAAACGAAGGUCAGUGUUCUGCAUCCCAACCCACUGCGGUACUGGCAGCGGUACGGCUAGGCUGCUGCAGCUGCUGCAGCUGCUGCUGCUGCUGCAGCUGCUGCAGCUGCUGCUGCAGCUUCAGCAGGCGGUGCCUGUGUUGCUGCUCUGAAUUCGUGCUGCCCUUUGCAGGCGGCGUUGCCAUUUCAUUUCUGGGUUUGCACGUCAGUGCUGUUGCUGUCUUUAUGCCCAGCAGCAGCAGCAGCAGCAGCAGCAGCAGCACCAUCAGCAGUCAGAACCACCGGGUUGCUGGCUUGCUGCUUGACCUUCUCCUUAAAAGCUGCAUGUGCUGCAUCCCACGCCUCUUUGAAGCUUUGAGUCUUCUCGGCGUGUCGGCGGUCAGCCAACUGCGACACGUCGAUGCCGACUUCUCCCUGUAA